UGACGAGCACUUGCGGAUUCCGGUGGUUUGCAGGAGGAGGGUGGUGAGAGUUUCAUCGAGCAUGACGAAAAAAAUUCUACAAACAUACAGAGCAUCCAAUUGAAAGCUCAGGCUCAGGCUCAGGCUCAGCAUUGGCAAGUGUUGCUGGUCCUCUCGGAUUUGGAAAAAAAAAUCGUGGGUUGCUCGAAAUCGUGCGCUCGAGGCCCGGUCGGUGCGUGCUUUACAGCGCCAAAUGUAAGCUUUUGGAAGUCGUUGCAGCCCAUUCGGAAGCGUGAAGCAUCGCUGGCUGUGUCCCCUCCUCUCUCCCUUGAAUUCCUGCGUGCUAAUGGGCACAUCAGAUUUCUGGGGUGUCAACUGCGAUGACAGGGUGGAUACGAUGUACCUUGCCAACAGGCAUGAAUUACUAGCAUAUGGGAAAAUCAUGAAGAGAAAAUCCGACAAUAUCUCCUCAAUCAAGAGGAAUUUCAUGACCUUCACGAGGAAGCUACAUGGGAAGCUGAAAGCAGUUGACUUGAGUCUUAAAACCUUCCAGCUACCGCGUAUCCGGAUAUUGUUCAAAUGUGCUGGAAGCAAAUACCAUCGCCCCAAAGAGCGAAUGACCUCAACUGGUGGCAAGAAUGAAGGCAGAAAUCGUUGCGAUCUGGAAGGAAAUAACUUCUUGUACCACAGGUUACGACCUUAUCCUUCAAAUGAUGAAGACAACUCCUGGUGAGGGGAUCCUUUCAACGACUUCCACCGUGCAACUGAGUUUUAAUGUUGAGAGACACUGAACAAAAGGAGAGCUUCAACUGUAAAAGAUGUAAAAGCUAAGGACAGCUAAAUGGCUGACUAGCCUUGAAUAUAUGGGUAUUAUUUAAUUGACUGUAUUUUAUGGGACCUGUCCUAGGUCUUACAUCCCAAAAGCAUGACACUGGAAUCAAAGUCUUGAAAUUCAGAUGCUGGCUGUGUGGACAACAGUCAAUUCAACCAGGUGGAAGACAGAUGUUAUGAUCUGGUUGGAAGUGCUCGUAUGCACAUAUUUAUACCCCAUCUUCAGUUGUUGCAUAAACCGCUCCUGGCAUGUUUAUGUUUACGUCGAUCUUAUGCUUUGUACUGAAUCACGGAUUGAUUCAGGAUCCAAUUGUGAAUCGCUGGCAGUCGCAAUUCUGUGGCCAUCAUUUCGUAAUAGCAAUUUGACAUAUUGUCGACUCUGAA